ACGAAAACGAAACCCAAAAGCCACAACAACAAAAGCGAAGUGUGUGCAAAAAGAAGUUUCACUCAUUUCUCUCCAACUUCAGCCUUUCAUCUCUCUCUCUACUCAAAACACCAAAAGUUGAAAACCAAACCAAACAGAACCCAAGAACAAUGGAAGAAGUGGAAGACAUGCUUCCACCAUUCUGGCUCCAACCCUCCGAUUCUUUCCGGCAAGCGAACCGCCGCCUCCGCCGCUCCUCCUCCUCUGUUUUCUUCAGCUCCGGCGCCUUUAUCCUGGCCUUACUAGCCAUAGCUCUUGUAUUUAUUUUCUUUAUAAUCCCAUCAGUUUUGUCUUUCACUUCACAAAUUUUUAGACCCCAUUCGGUCAAAAAAAGCUGGGACUCUCUCAAUUUGGUCCUCGUUCUCUUUGCAAUUGUCUGUGGGUUUCUCAGCAGAAAUACCAACAAUGACGGCAACAUCAGCAGCCCCAGUUCUUAUGAUCAAGUUCAUAAUCAAACUGUUUUCAGUUCUUCUUCACCACAAGCUCCCAAGUCAAAUCCAUCAACCCCGCGUCAGUGGUUCGAUCAGUAUUCAGAUCGGACGGGCUACAAUCACAGCAGUAGCAGCACCAGUGCCGCCAUGAACAGAGGAGUGAGGACCAGCAGUUCGUACCCGGAUCUGCGGCAACAGGAAGCUUCGUGGGUCGCCAGAGAUGAUCGGUGGCGGUUUUACGACGAUACCCACGUGGUCAAUUAUCGGGUUUCGGGUUCGGAUCCGCUCCAUCAUCGUCGUCAUCGGUCAUGGCAUGAAGAAUCCGUACAACUACCAGUAGAAGAAGAAGCAGAACAAGUCCAAACCAAGACUAUAGAAGUCGACACUUUUGCAAUCCGUACACAAAUUCCAACUGCUCAAUCUGAUCCGCCACUGCAGCCGUCGCCGCCGCGGAGGUCACCAUCUUCGUCACAACCACCGCCGCCAACGAUCCGCAAGUCCAAGAGAACAUACCAAGCUAUUGGAGAGAAAGAAAACUCGGGUUCUACUCAAAGCCUUGAGAGAAAUGACAAUUUGGAAGCUAAGAAAAAUCUCCCGCCGCCGCCCUCACCGCCGUCACCGCCACCGCGGAUAUCAAAAUCGGCUGGGAAAGAUGUGAAGAAGAGAGGGGUGGCUACUACAAAAGAAUUCUUGAUCACGUCAUUGAGGAGGAAGAAGAAGAAGCAAAGACAAAAGAGUGUUGAAAAUUUCGAGAGUCUCCUCGCGUCUGCUUCUUCAGCUCCUUACUCUUUACUUCCGCCGCCGUCACCGCCGCCUCCGCCUCCACCCCUGCCGCCGCCACCUUCUGUCUUUCACAACUUGUUUUCCACAAAGAAAUCCAACAAACCCAGGAAGACAAUGCAGUCAAUUCCUCAACCGCCGCCGCCGCCUCCAGUGGCGGCAACCACUUCAACGGCACAGUUAUCGAAAACCAAGGCCCAAAUGAGGCCCAUGAUGACGACCCAAAAGCCGCCAUUGCCGGUUAAGGUGAGCACCUUCAUCAACGGAGAUGAUGAGAAUGCUAACAGUGGCGGCGACUCGCCAUUGGCUCGGAUACCGCCACCGCCGCCAUUGCCGCCGUUUAGAAUGCCGGAGAUGAAAUUUGUGGUGCACGGAGACUUUGUGAGAAUCAAAAGCAACAACAGCUCACGCAGUGGCUCCCCUGAUUUGGACGAUGGGGAUGAUCCGGAUUCAGCAGUUUCAUCACCAACCAUGGAAACUAACAGAAUGCCAUUGGAGAGUGGAGAGUCACCAAAAGCCAUGUUCUGCCCCAGCCCAGAUGUUAACACCAAAGCUGAUACUUUCAUUGCAAGGUUCAGAGCUGGAUUGAGGUUGGAGAAGAUGAACUCUGUGAGGGGGAGGUCCAAUCUUGGCCCAGAUACAAGAGAAGGAGAAGAAGGCCCAAGUUACUAAAUAUGUUAUUUUUUUCCUAAUUAAUUUUUAUUUAUUUAUUUUAAUUUUAUAUGGGUAUGGAUAUUGAGGUUGAGGAAGGUAGAUAGAUAAUUUGUGGAUUUGAGUUGUUUUCUGACAUAUACAUUGGAGAAUAGAGAGGUACAUGUACAUAGGAAUUUUUAAUGUAUGUUAUAAUGUUAUUUUAUUUA